CACGUCCCUCCUCCAGAAACACCACUGAAUAAGACACCUUGCAAGAAACCUCAGAAGCAGAGAAAAAGCCAGCAAAGCCCCGUCGCUGCUUUUAGACUCAGAAACACUGUAUUGUGACCCAUUACAGAGCCUGAAGAGAAAAUCCAUAUCCCAAGAUGCAGUGGUGCAGGUGGGCUGGCAGUUGGAGAUCACACCUACCGAGACAGUCUGCAGGGCCGGAGAUUGAGGACUCUUUCGACUUUCUUUUUAAAAUCAUCCUGGUUGGGGACUCGGAUGUGGGGAAGACCUGCCUGGUCCAAAGCUUCAAGUCUGGCAUUUUCAUUGAGAAGCAGCAAAACACCAUCGGGGUCGACUUUACUGUUCGUACCCUGGACAUUGAUGGCAAGAAAGUGAAGAUGCAGGUGUGGGACACAGCAGGACAGGAGCGUUUCCGCACCAUAACUCAGAGCUACUACCGCAGCGCCCACGGGGCCAUGGUGGCCUAUGACAUCACACGCCGCAGCACAUUUGAGUCUGUUUCCCACUGGAUCAGGGAGGUGGAGCAGUAUGGAGCUGCCAGCGUGGUACUGAUACUCAUUGGUAACAAGUCAGACCUCCAAGCUCAGAGGCAGGUGUUGUUUGAGGAUGCAUGCACUCUGGCGGAAAACAACGGUGUUCUUGCAGUCCUAGAAACCUCCGCCAAGGAGGCCCAGAACGUGGAGGCGGCCUUCAUCCUCAUGGCCCGGGACCUUCUGGCACGCAACGGCAUGACCAUGACAGACGAGGCCUCUCAAGACCCACCUCAAUUCAUGCUGGGUAACAGCUCCCACCCAGUCCAUGGCAACGUGUCUUCAGAUAAAAAGUGCGGGUGCUGAGCGGACUGAAUCAGGGGUGUGUCGAUGAAGACUUGUUUGCAAAACAGCGGAGGCAGCCUGAAUACUCAACAUACAUGUGUGUUUGAAAAGUAUCUGUACAAGGGAAGGGAUGUCAUUUACAUAAGAUUAUUUUUAGGAGAAAUUGCUUAAGUUGUGUGUGUGAACAUAGGUUUUGCAUGUUUUGGUUUUUAAUAUUUAUACAGUUAGUAAAAUAUAAUCAUACAGUAAUAUUCUCCUGAGGAUAACUGCCGCUGAAUGUGAUGACUCCAACAAUACAAACCACACCUCUGCUUGAGGACUCUGUACACACGAACAACGUUUUCUCCUUGAAAUGCA